UCCAAUAAAAACAUCACAACGUACAUUUAUAAUUUACAACUGUUUGAAACCUUCAAAAAGUUUCAGUUAUAUAUUGUUAAUUUAUUAAACAAACUAAUUUAUUUAAGUAUUUCGAUUGCAGAACAAGUCAGGACACUUGUAAGCAUUCACCGCAAAAAUAGUUGAGUUUCCUCUAUCGAAUACACAAUUUCAAAUUUCUACGCCAUGUUUUGCUUAUGUUUUACACCGACAAUCCGAAACUAGCAAGCAAUUGAAAGUAUUCAAUUAUUAAGAAAAAAAAAAAAAAAAAAAAAAAGUAAAUGAAUGGAAAAUAACUAAAUAACAUAAUGUCUGAAAUAAAAUACAUUGCGCGUCCCAAAGUAAGAUUCAGUGAAACAUCCGAGUCAGCUGACGACUCGGCAUCAUCAUCACGAGCAACGUCAUCGAAAUUGCGAAUAAGAAGCAUUGAAAAUGUUAAAAAACCAUUUAAAUUAGUGCGAGAAGUUCGUGAUAGCUUUAACCUUAAAAGCGCCGGCGAAAGUGUCAAAACGUCAGCUGGGCAAGUCAAGCCCAAAGUUAAAUUAAACCAACCCAUAGAUCUAGCUGGUGAAUCGAAGAAUAAUUCUAAUUCCAUUAAAAUAGAAUCCAACAAAGAAAAUAUUACAACUGACAAACAAACGAAAAAUGGUGCGGUGAAAAAAACUCUAGGAGAUUUGUCGGUUAAGAAAAGCAGUGAUCACUCAAAAGAAAUGGAAAAAAUAACAAAAAUUCUUGAUUCUGUUUCGAUUAAAACUCCUCGAGACUUAAAACCAACCAAAGUUAGUAAUUUGUCUAAAAAAACAGUGAAAAACAGCGAGACAAAAAUCGCAAAGCCUAAUUUGAGUAAUCUGAAUCAAAAAGUUGGAAGUAGUCAGUCAAAAAUACUCGGAAAUUCAUUGAAAGCACCAAAAAAUCAAUUGAAACCACCUGGUCAGCAGUUCAAAACACCUGGACCUUACAAACCUUCUAUUACUUCGGCAAAGACACCAGCAGUUUCAGCAAAAUCAUCAGGGAUUCAAUCAAAAGCACUUAAAGUAUCAACACUGCCGAAAUUACAGUCAAAAUCUGCAGCUCAAAUUCGAAAGCCAUCAGCACAAGCUCCAAAACCGCAAAUUAAAGUCACCACGGCUAGAAAUAAGUCAAUUGCGCGUCCAAAUGUCUAUGUGGGGCCUGGAGUACUGAAAACACAUGUCACACGUAGUUUGCCAGCUGUUUCUGGUCCAAAACCUGAUAUUUCGGCAAUCAACUCUACCGCAAGUGCUAAGCUGCAUAGACCUGAGUAUAAUUCAAUUGUCAACACCAUCAAGAGAAUAGACAAGUCGAAAAAUGAAAAGAUUGUAACUGAUUUGGAGCAUUUGCCACAUCCUUACAAAAACUUGGUCGUACGAAAGAUGUCAAGUGCGCUGGAUUUUCCGGCUGACAAACCGAUAUUCAAGGACCUGAUUGACUUGAGUGUUGAUGAAUCUCAUCUACCGGAGAGGAUAACUCGUACCAAGGAUCCUCAGCCGAGAGAAAGGGACUUAGAACCGAAGCUGGAAGACUUUUUUAAGCCUGUCUACGGUGAGGAGUACUGCACUUCUGUGAAAAUAAGACCCAGGACUCCAGAGUUUGAUGACAAUUUAUCGGCGUUUAAAAUUAGCGACCGUAUUUUUGAUUGGAAAUCUUCUUUGGAUGAGUAAGAAGUUGAGCUUCUUUGUUUCUUGAUCAAUUUUAUUUUAAUAACUUGAAUUUUUUUUUUUUCAUUUUUAUCACAAAUAUUUCUCUAGU